AUGGGCAAGCGCAAGAAGGCGGCCAAGAAGCCCUCCCAGCCGAAGAAGAAAGAGUCGUUGGCGACCACGUUCCAGUGCCUCUUCUGCAACCAUGAGAACUCCGUCCUCGUGAAGCUCGACAAGAAGGCCGCCAUCGGCCACCUUUCGUGCAAGGUGUGCGGCGUGUCGUUCCAGUGCAAUAUCAACGCCUUGUCCGCCGCCGUCGACGUGUAUUACGACUGGGUUGACGCCUGCGACGCCGUCGCCGAUGGCGAAGCCAACGCCGCCAGUAGCAAACCCUUCCGCGAACCCGGAUCGCUGCAACGAGGACAAUCUGGCGGCGCUCGCCGUGAAAGAGACGACUUCAUCGACGAUGAUGACGCCGAUGCAGAGGGCGACUUCGCCGACGAUGAUUGA